AGGAACCUGGAGCGAUGAAGGUAACCUUGUUCAAGGUCGAUCUCGUCAACAACUUCGACAUUGAUCAUUGAACGGUAUUGCCUAUCAAGAUUUGAGGUAGUUAUCUUAUCCAUCUAACUACGAUCCGCAAAAGAUGGCUUCCACGAUCCUUCCCCUAGAACUCAUCGACCGAUGCAUCAACUCCCGAAUCUGGGUCAUCAUGAAGGGUGAUAGGGAGUUCGUAGGGACGCUCAUGGGGUUCGACGAUUAUGUUAAUAUGGUACUCAAGGACGUGACUGAAUAUCAAGUGACAUUAACGGGGACCGUCGCUACGCCGCUAGGGAAGACGCUACUGAACGGGAGCUCGAUCGCUAUGUUGAUACCUGGAGGUACGGGCCCGGAGAUCACCGCAUAGGCCACUCCUACCUCAUCUUCAACCGACCCGGGCAACGAGGAGGCGUAAUAGAAAAAGCAAUCUGGGCAGCCUUUCACUCCAUCCGAUAAUCCGACAAGCCGACGAUAGAGAAGACAAAAAAAUGACACACAUCUUAGGGGGAUCUGGAUCACUGGUCAAUAUUACCUUACACCACGAUAUAUCUAUCUCUCACUCUUCGGCCCUAUACUAUACGCAUGUUUCCUUUCGGCCCCGGCACGACUCGACAGACACCGACACUGUACCCCGAUUCCGAUUAGACGAAGCUGGGGAGGGUAUAUGCGAUCACAUUUGUACUUUUCGAAAUUUGAAACGAAAUCUACCUUUUGACGGACAAGUAUGAUAAUCUUCUUUUCCUCCUUUCGUCUUCCUCACUUCUUUCCUUUCCGCCCAAUAAAGAUUCGAAAAUAAUGUCGCCCGUACAGCAACACGCA